CCAGCCCUGGGAGACGAUGCUGAGAGCAUAUUGAAAAGCUGUCUCCAGCAAAAGCCUGCCAGUUUAACAACUCUGUUCAGUGUUCCUAUUGCACAGUGGGCUCUUUGACGCAACAGAAAGGGCUGCCUUUUUAGGUUUGCUUCUUUCUUUUUUUUCCCCUUUUUGCUUCCUCUUAAAUCUGCCUGCCCAAUUUAAAGCUUGUGGAUAUUUCUUCCCCCCUUGGGGAAAGCUUAUGUGAGCUUUUUAUUUUUUUUUAAUAUUUCAGUCCAUUAAACUAUAUUUUUUUCUUCUCUCUCUUUUUUUCCCCCUUCUUUCCCCCUUUUUUUUACUUGUUUGCUGUUAGAAAAUGCUGGAGCUGAGGACAAAGCUUCCAUUGCAGCACCCUGUACUGAGAAGCAUGAUACUCCUGGGCACGUGCUGUCUGCAAGGAAGAUAGUUAUUUGCUGCUUUGUAUUUCUUCUUGGAUUGCUAUCAAAGGAACUAAGAAAGGAUGUAGACAUGCUGUUAAUGUCUCUCUUCAAGCUGUAUUUGAGAGUGUGCUUGGAGGAAGUGAAUUUCGUGGGGCAUCUCCUGUGGAAGUCAAGAAAGAGUGGGCAGAGUCUCCACCCAGUCAAAGGCACACACAUCUAAACAGUGAGCCUGAGGGCAUGCACUUCUUGAAAGAAGGAAAUGAAAAAAUGGUGUCCUGAAAUCCUGACCAAGGAGACCAGCUUUUAUAGUGCAUCCAUAGGAAGCGUUUCCACUACAAGCCUUUCACCACACAAGGAGACAGACUGAAGAUGUAGGCAGCUGGCAAAUGUGAAAGCAAUGAAGAGGUGUGCUGAGGUUGGCAGUGCUUUUUAUAGUACACACAUUUUCUGGGAAAGGCAUAAGAAGAGAGAUAAGCAGGAGAUGACUGUGGCAAGCUGAGAAGUAGCUGUGGCAGACCAAGAUGUUCCACAGAGAAGAUCACACCAAAAAGGUCCUAGGGCUGCAUCAACCACCAGCUGAUCAUGCUGCAGGAGUGUAGGUGUUGCCAUGAGGAUCAGAGGGUGCCCUGUCUGCUUUGCAGCUUGCCUUUUGGUCCUGCUGGGUAAACACUAGAGAGGCAGAGCAGGUGGUGUAAGAGAGCUGAGAAGCCAGUUCCUGCACAUACAUGCAUCUGUGCAAGAGUACUACACGUCCAAAGGCCUCUGUGGCACUGCAUGGUCAUCAGAACUGUCACUUGUGGGGGAUUAGACUUUGCUUUUGGAGAGAUGAUGUUCCGACGAGGAUUUAUUCUGUUUCUCCCCCGGCUAGCAGGCCUGCUAGUGGUGGCCUGCUGCUCAGUGUCUAUUGUUUACAUGUUGGCUUGCACACCCAAGGGUGACAACCAGCAGCUUGCUUUGCCCAGGGUGCACAGUCCGACUGCCAAGGAGGGAUAUGAAGCAAUUCUGCAGGAGCGAGAAGAGCAACAUCGCAACUACAUCAUCAGCUUGAAGAAACAAAUUGCCCAGCUGAAGGCUGAGCUCCAAGGCAGGAGUAAGCAGCUUAAGAAUGUGCAAGGCCAGCACCCAGACCCCUCAGAUGUUCACAGUACUGACCACAGUAAGCCGGAGAAGGCCCAGGCUAACCUGCUGGCUUUCCUCCGCUCCCAGAUAGACAAAGCAGAGGUGCACAGUGGCGUUAAGCUGUCCACAGAGUACGCAGCUGUGCCCUUUGAAAGCUUCACCCUGCAGAAGGUGUACCAGCUGGAGACAGGGCUGACACGCCACCCAGAGGAGAAGCCUGUGAGGAAGGACAAGCGAGAUGAGUUGGUAGAGGUGAUCGAGUUAGCUACUGGGAGUUUGAACAGUCCAGCGGGGGAUGGCAAUGCAAAACACCGUCUGUACACAGCUGCUGACUUUGUUGAAGGGAUCUACCGCACCGAGAAGGACAAAGGCACGUUGUAUGAGCUGACUUUCAAAGGAGACACGAAACAUCACUUCAAGAAGGUUGUUUUAUUCCGGCCAUUUGGCCCUGUAAUGAAAGUGAAACAUGAAAAUAUCAAUGUAGCUGAUACCCUUAUUAAUGUCAUUGUGCCCUUGGCCAAGAGAGCCAGCAAAUUUCGGCAGUUCAUGCAGAACUUCAGGGAAAUGGGCAUUCAGCAGGAUGGGAGAAUUCACCUCACUGUAGUUUACUUCGGAAAAGAACAAAUGAGUGAAGUUAAAUCAAUACUUGAAAAUACCUCUAAGUCAGCCAACUUUAAGAACUUCACCUUCAUCCAGCUGAAUGAAGAAUUUUCCAGGGGCAAAGGAUUAGAUGUUGGUGCUCGAUUUUGGAAAGGAAACAAUGUUGUUCUCUUCUUUUGUGAUGUGGACAUAUACUUCACAGCUGAAUUCCUCAACUCCUGUAGACUGAACACACAGCCAGGGAAGAAGGUGUUUUACCCUGUCCUCUUCAGCCAGUACAACCCCAGUAUAAUUUAUGGCCACCAUGAUUCCAUCCCCUCUUUAGAACAACAGUUGGUUAUUAAAAAAGAAACUGGAUUUUGGAGAGACUUUGGAUUUGGGAUGACUUGCCAGUACAGAUCUGACUUUAUCAACAUAGGUGGCUUUGACCUGGACAUUAAAGGCUGGGGUGGUGAAGAUGUCCAUCUGUAUCGUAAGUACCUCCACAGCAACCUCAUCGUGAUCCGAACGCCUGUCAGGAGUCUCUUCCAUCUCUGGCACGAAAAACAGUGUCUGGAUGAACUGACCCCAGAGCAGUACAAGAUGUGCAUGCAGUCCAAGGCCAUGAACGAGGCUUCUCAUGGCCAGCUUGGGAUGCUUGUUUUCAAGCAAGAGAUUGAGACACACCUUCAGAGACAGAAAUUGAGCAGUAAGAAGACAUGAAGCCAGAAAGGGAGGUGAAAAAACCCUCUGGACUGAACUAUAAGGUGAUUUAGAAGUGUUGCUAACAAGAAGAGACUGAAAGAGGAUGGAAACUCCAGCAAGAGAGAGCAGAAGAAAAUGAGGGAAGUGCUUUUCCUCCCUUCUUCCUUUUCAUUUUUUUCCCCUUUUUCACUCCUUGAUAAGGCUUUUAAGUAUUCCAUUAGCCUGACUGUUCAGUACUUGCCUCUGGGGAAGACUUGAGCACUUGAAGAGAUUCAAGGUCACGGAGACAAUGAACACUGCACAAACACCGGUGUGGUAUUCACAGUAACAAAUGGAUGUGCUCUUACAUUUACAUGUUUGUAAGAUGUGUACAGUUCUUUAAACGAUUGCCCCUUUAGUGGGCCAAUGCUAAUGAGUUCUUUUCUACAUCUAACCUGACAUAUCUAGAAAGGGCUAUUUUUGAACCAAGUACAGAGCUUCUGCUCUGAGAAGGACGUCUGACUGUUAACCAUGGUUAAGCUGGAGUGACCAAAAAUAUUUUUCUCUUAAGGGUCUUGGAUGAGGUGGGUGGGACACAGCAGCAGUGCACUAACAGGGGGGUACUCCUGGUUCCUUCAGAAAUGGCAGACAUCUCAGAAAGUGCUUUCUAAAAUUCAGAAGGCCCAACUGGCCAUUAAAAAAACAAAUGCUGGAGGUUAGUGAUUGUUCUCUCAUGCGGCCAGUGAACCAAAAGCGGUGACCCAUGUCUGGACUGCAUCAAUCAGGUGGUUUGGCUUUGCUUUAGAACACUGUAAGUAUCUCAAGAUCUAUUUUUAAAUGAAAUUGGUUUUCCUUGGGAAUUAUUUUGUCCUACUUUAGGUUUUCUACCUCUGACUAGGAAACAGUGCAGCCUUCCAGCACCUGGGAAAGGCUCUGUAGAUCUGUGUGUCCCCUGGAUGGGAAGUGGGUUCAGAUAGCAAGUGAUUUUUCUACAUGAGCUGGGUGCUGGAAGGCAGAAGCUUUGCCAUGAUGAAGAAAAGGAAAUACCAGCUUGCAGUACAGAUCUAGCAGGAGGCUUUAAACUCUGAAUGUCAGCAACCAAAACUGAUGACCCUUUCCUGCCUUUAUACCAAAGUAUUCCUUCUAAACCAAAUAUAGAGUCUUGCCCAGGGCACAGCAAGCUUUUUGUAAUCAACAAAAUAAUUUUUUGUGAUGGAUUGCUGGACCCUGCAAAAUCUCUCAUGGUAAUUAUAGCUGCAUCCUAAAAUUUAAUAGAUCUUCCUUUUCAAUUGCCUAAAAGUGUUGAAAGCAUGAGUUACUGCUCUUAUAAAGCAUUUCCUUGUAAUGCUGA